AUGUCAGGAAAUUAUAGCAACGACAACUACAUAUAUUAUACGGAUAACACUAAUUUAACUUUGCUGAAUAAAACACAUCGCGGGCGAAAAUCCAAAUCAGAAACAGCAGCGGAAAAUAACCUUAAAAUAAUCAGAAAACAGAAAAUCGACGAAAUAUGCAAGUUUUUAUUUGAACCAAUGAUAAUAAGAAAGCGAACUCGUGAGGAGUGUUUGACGUUUGCUUCUGUCAAAGCUUUGAUUGCGCGAAACAAUGAAAAGACAGGAUUGAAUGAUUUGGCUGAAUGUGUUGUCAAUAAUGAGUGGGCUGAUUUCACUUGCUCAUCAACAAGUCCAGCGAUAACACUAUACGUCAGUAUGUGUAAUUAUUUACAAAAGACACCUGGAAAUCAAAUACUUGAAAAACAUCGAUUACAAAAUCCUGGUGAACAACGUGGAAUACGCUGGAAAUUGAAUGAAAAGAAUUCGAUUGUUCAAAAAGCAUUAGAUGAAAUGAAAACAUGGAAAUAUCCUCAAGUGAUUAUAAAGCAAAAAAAUAACCAAAUUCAAAUAUCCGAAUACGCUGCAACGGCAAAUCAAUUCAAACCAAAACCAACAAAAGAAACAGUAGCAGGAGUAUUCCCAGAGCAGUUUCGAUACAAUAACGAUGAUGAUUUUGCUGAUAACGCCAGUAUGAAUAACAAUCGAUUAUCCAACUCAGGCGCAGCAUGCGGUCAUAAGGCCGUUCCCACCCUAUGCAUCCGACUUACUCUCGAAGCAGCUACGGCGAACGGUAAUAACAGUUUUGAUGAUCCAGAGGCUGAAACUUACCAAACAUAUGUUCUUACAUACUUUGAGCGGCCAGGAUCGUGA